ACAAUUCACAAACACAAUAUCUACUAUUGUACGUAUGUCGUUCAAGUGACGGUCCAAACGCCACUGCGACUGCCACCCCCCCUCCGCCUUAGCAGCUCCACCGAUGUACGCAACCAGCACCGCCAUAAGCCACCACCCACCGCCAUCGACCCCCGCAAAAAUGUCUGUCCUCUACCACCACUCCAUUACCCUCCCGUUCCUACCCACUCCAGCACUCAAACCCCAGCUUCCAACACUUAUUUUCUCCAUCCCGCCAUUCCUCAAGAAACGCCACCCCACCAUUUCCCCUAUUUACUUGUCUUCCUCGAAAUAUUCUUAUUCUUACAGCGACUCAUCCGAACCCAGUAAACCCAAUCCCUCUUUUUCUCCCCAAGACGACAACGACGACGAAGAACCCGAUAGAAAACCCAAAACAGUUACAGACGAGUGGGGCGAGAAAGGGGAGGCCGAACCCGAACCACCGACGAAGUUUUCCGGCCCGGAUCCUCCUGGAGAAGAAGCGGACGACGAGUGGGGCGGUGUUGGGGUUAAGGAUGAUAGGUAUGGGAAUGGGAGUCCUGGGGUUGAGGUUGAUGGGGAGAGCCAGAAGCUUAGGGACUUGAAAAGAGCUCUCGUGGAUACUGUCUACGGGACGGAUUUCGGGUUUCGGGCUUCGUCCGAACUUCGGGCCGAGGCUAUUGAGUUGAUUGCCCAGCUGGAGGCUGCUAAUCCCAAUCCAGCUCCGACUGAGAGCCCGGAAUUGCUUGAUGGCAAUUGGGUUCUGCUGUUUACUGCAUUUUCUGAGCUGUUGCCUCUUCUGGCAACAGGCAGCUUACCACUGGUGAAGGUUGAGAAGAUAUCCCAAUCAGUUAAUUCUAGCAGCUUAACCAUAGAUAAUUCCACCACAAUAUCAGGUCCUGUUGCCUCUCUCUCUUUUAGUGCCAGUGCUGCUUUUGAAGUGAGGAGUCCAUCAAGAAUACAGGUUCAAUUUAAGGAAGGGACCCUGAAUCCUCCCGAGAUCAAGUCCAGUAUAGAUCUUCCAGAAGAUGUUGAUAUUUUCGGGCAAAAAAUCAAUUUAUCACCCGUGCAACAAUCUCUGAAUCCUUUGCAAAAUGCUGUGGCUGGGAUUGGACGUGCUAUUUCCGGUCAGCCUCCUCUUAAGAUUCCUAUCCCUGGUGAGAGGGCAAAAUCUUGGCUUCUUAUCACAUACCUUGACAAGGAUCUCCGUAUAUCAAGGGGAGAUGGUGGUCUAUUUGUGCUGGCUAAGGAAGGGAGUACUCUUCUAGAUCAGUAGCCAGGUGUUCUUCUAAGCAUUAGUUCUUCCCUCCUUGAAGACUUGUAGUUUGAAGACUUGUAGAUACAAUUUUUGGUUAUUAUACUUCAUCUUAUACAUAAUUGAGUGUGACACACCCGUUGCUGGCACUGCUGUUCCGUUUUACUUAUACGCAAUUGCUAUCUGGCACUUUAAAAGUUGA